AUGCACUUCGCAUACCCCCCUCGCAAGAACUCCAACCCACCACCCUUCAAGCAGCGCUCGUCGCAAAUACCGCCAAUUCUGCGCCGAAUCCGCAAAAGAACAGCGGUUUUACUUCUCCUCGGAGCUAUUGGAUUUAUGUUUUUCCUCUUUGGACUGAAAGGCGAAACGCCAUACCGCGAGCAUGUUCCGUCAGGCAGACCCCCCGUUGUCGUUGUGACGGUCUUGGACAAUACACAGUACAACGAAGCCUAUUUAGAAUCGAUUCGACACAACCGAGAGCAAUAUGCGUCAAGAAACGGAUAUGAAACCAUGAUUGUACGAGCAUCUGACUACGACACUGGCAAAUUCCCACGAUCAUGGGCCAAGAUUAUCGCGAUGCGCCAUGCGCUGUCAAAAUACCCCGAUGCCACUUAUGUCUGGUUCCUCGACCAAAACGCUUACAUUAUGGAGCUCGACAAGAAGUUAGAGGAGCAGGUGGUGAAUCCGGCGAAACUAGAAAGCCUAAUGAUUAAGGACUGGUCUAUAGUGCCGCCGGACAGCAUUAUCAAGACAUUUUCCCACCUCAAGGGUGAAGAUGCAGGUCUUGUCAUCAGCCAAGACGAGACAGGGUUGGUAACUAACAGUUACAUCCUCAAAAACGGUGAAUGGGCCAAGUUCUUUGUCGAGACAUGGAUGGACCCUCUGUACCAGAGCUACAACUUCCAAAAAGCCGAGCGACAUGCGCUUGAACAUAUUGUCCAAUGGCACCCUACCAUUCUCUCUAAGCUUGCGCUCAUACCCCAGCGCACGUUUGCCUCAUACGGCCGCAACAAGGAAGGCAAUGCAUACCGUGACGGGGACUUUGUCACCCUCUUGGUCGACUGCACAGUUACAGGUCCGACGUCGUGUGAUAAGCAAUCGCAUUUCUACCUGCAGCAGUUGAAGAACAAGUUUGGUGAUGCCAGCGUGAAAAAGCUGCAAUGA